AUGACGGAUCACUGCUGCUAUACUGGGUUUGUGGUGGGAGUUGCAGACUCUUCAGUGUCUCUUUGUAGCUGCCAAGGUCUCAGUGGGUACAUAACAGUAGGAGACCAGGACUACACCAUCGACCCAGUGAAUGCCGGCAGUAAGAAACACAGAGUGAGCCGCUCACAACACAUCCGGACAAAGAGGCAGCUCCUGCCCUCCUCCUCCAACCUUGUGACUCACAACAGCAACUUCAGCAUUGAACUCUACCUGGUGGCGGACAUAGAGGAGUUCAUGCAAAAUGAUGGGGACCUGAAAAAGACCCAGGAUCAUUUAAUUACUCUCGCACAUCACGUCAAUCAGAUUUACCAGAAACAGUUAAAUAUCCAGAUCUUUCUGGUCGGCAUUGAAGUCUGGACAAUCGCAAACAAGGUUUAUUCCAGCGAGGAUACAGCAGAGGCCUUGGAAAACUUCAUGCAAUGGAGAACGAAGGAACUUGUGCCCAGGAAGCACCAUGACAAUGCCCAGCUUGUCAGUGGUGUGCCCUUUCAGAGGUCUCUGGGACAAGCCUACAUCAGCGAGAUGUGUUCAAAGGAGAGAAGUGGAGGAGUUGUCAAGGAUAACCAGGACGGUACCAGAGAGGUAGCUAACUACAUCGCACACGAGUUGGGACACAAUCUGGGAAUGCAUCAUGAUAAACCUAAUUGCCACUGCCCUGUCUCUUCUGGGAGCUGCUUGCUGGCGACAAUAGUCACGUCGACAAUGAAUCCAAUAUUCAGCGAUUGUAGUAAAGAAUAUCUGAAUCACUUCUUGAAACAAUUCGACGUCAGCUGUCUGAAGGACCGGCCGGACACAUCCAUGGUGAGUGAGGAUACGUUGUGA